AUGAUGUGGGGAAUAGCAGCCGCCGUGGCGUCCGCGGCCGCCGUCGCCGUGGCCUCCGGCGCGGAGCUCCUCGCGUGCGACCGCGCCCCGACGCCGCCGACCGCCGCCGCGGUCGUCGUCGGCAGAUGCGACGGGUUCCUCUUCCGACAGCGGUUCCUGCUGCUUUCGCAGGAAUCCUCGUCGUCGAGCGGCCGGGACGACAGGUUCGCGCCGAGGUUCGACGGGCUGCGGUUCGUCGAGACGCUCGUCACGGCGCACCGCUGA